AUGGAUGACAUCAAUACUACACAGACAGAAUCAAAAAACAGCACGAACGUCAGCAGCGUGUUCACACAUCAGGUUCUUCCUGUGCUCUACACCAUCAUCUGCCUUUGCGCUUUUAUCCUCAACGGACUCGCCGCUUGGAUCUUCUUCAGGGUUCCCACCUCCUCGGCCUUAGUAGUUUACCUCAAAAACAUGGUGGUGGCGGACAUCUUGAUGUUGUUUAGCUACCCGUGGCGUGUAGUGGGCGAUCUCGGUUAUGGCGGCACGCAAUUGAAGCUGAUAGUUUGCCGCUACACAGCUGUGCUUUUCUACCUCAGCAUCGUGUUUUUCCCGGUUGCGAAGGCUCUCGCUCUGCUAACUUGGGGCGUCAUGAUGUUCUUCAAUCUGCCGAACGCCAUAUUAACCAACCAGCCAAUGCCUAAGGUUUUCUCCUGCUUGGCUCUAAAGAGCAACCUGGGUCGGAGCUGGCACGAGAUGUCAGCUCACUUCAAUGUUGGAAUCUUCUGGGUGGCGUUCCUGUUGAUGGUGUUUUGCUACACCUCCAUCGCUUGUCACGUAUACCGCUCUUACAAACGUGUGCAGCAGGACAGCAGUGAGGCAGGACGGCGGUCAAAUCGAAGCAUCUUUAGCUUGCUGGCUGUUUUUAUCUUCUGUUUUGUUCCGUACCACGUCUGUCGCGUGCCCUACACGCUUAGCCAAAGGCACAAGGAUGACUUUAGCACCUACAACCGUUUCAUUCUCUUUCAGGUCAAAGAAGCUACCCUCUUCCUUUCUGCCCUUAAUGUGUGUUUGGAUCCUGUCAUCUACUUUUUCAUGUGCAGGACAUUCAGAGAAUCGCUGUUGCAGAAAAUAUCAUCUGUAAACCGUGAAAACAGGCGGCCUUCUAUAGGCACUGGGCUCAGUAUCAGCAAUCUGUAA